AUGUCAUCAAAAGAUUUAAAAUUAAAACCAACAAAAAUGAGGAUUGAGUUGAACGAGGACGAUUUUGAGAUGCAACCAGACGCUAAACGAGCAAAAAUAGAAAUUGAAGCAAUUUUGAAGAUUAAGGAACAAAAUACACCACAACUAGUGAACGAUGAAUUAAAGAUCAACAUAUCAGAACCAAGAAGGUUAAGAUCAGGAAGAAUUAUUGAAUUCAGUCAAAAAUCCGCAACAACCAAAGCUAAAAAUGCUUCAAAUUCCAAUAAAAUCAGCAAACCAACAAUAUCUCAAAAAGUCGACAGUACUAGACAAGACAGUGUCCAGCUGAAGCCAGAACUCAUCAACAUUGAACCAAGAACUAAUAAUGUAAUCCAAGAAUCUACUCAAAUCAAUCAGGAAAGCAUCAGCAGCAAUCAACUUCAAAAUCAAGUCAAUCAUUCACUAAGAACAACAGAAAUCAUUGACAUCAAGCCAAAUAUACCACAAAAAGACCAAGCAACCAUCCGAGUCAAAGAUGAACCCCAAAAUGUUGAAAUCAUUAACAUUUCAUCCGAAGCAAUCAAAACAGAGGAACUUUUAACUGACGAAACCUUCGACACAUCCUGCGAUAUAAUUGAACUUAAACCAACAAAAAAAGAAGAUCCAGACAGUCCAUUUGGAAUGCUUCCAAUAAGAGACAUUGAUGAGCUCUUCAUUGAUCUUCCAGGUUCACUAUUCAAUCAAUUAAAUGAGCAACUAGACGAUGAACAAAUAAUUGUCAUUGAUGAUGAAGUUAAUGACGAUAAGGAUUGCAUUAAGCUAUUGAAAUGUAAAAAAAUUAAGCUUAAAGUCACGUCAAAUAAUGAUUCAAAAUUAAACAUACUAAAACCAACAAAAAUGAAGAUUGAGGACAACAAGAACGGCAUUAAGACAUUAAAAAGCUUAAAGACAUUACAAUGUGAUUUGUGUCCAAAAUUAUUUAAAUCAGCAAUCGAUUUAAAGAAUCACAAAGUAAUUCAUAAAUUUAAUUGUCAACAAUGCAGGAAGACGUUUAGAUUGGAGCGCCAAAUGAUAAAGCAUGUCCGUAACUUCCACCAAACGGCUAAAAUAUUCCAAUGUAAUAUUUGCUUCAAAAAGUUUAUCAGACAGUUCUGCCUUGAUACUCAUAUGAGGAACAUCCAUGAACCAAAUAGGCCAAAGACUAACAAAUGUCAAAUUUGUGGAUUUGAAUGUGACAGCUCAAAGAGGUUUAAAAAGCACAUAAAAACUCACAUGGAUGAGGAUGUGAAGGUUAAGAUUGAAAAGGAGAUUAGGACUGAGAUGGAGAUUAAGGCUGAGAUGAAGAUUAAGGCUGUGAAGAAGAUUAAGGCUGAGAAGAAACCAAAAUCAGAGAUGAAGAUCCAGAACCACCUAAAGGCCAAAAAGAAGUUUAAAGUUGAAGUUAAGGAAGAGAAAAAAGUUUUUGAAUUUAAAGCUGUUAAAAAUUGA